AUGAGGCCGGCCGCACACCCCGCGCCGCCAUCGAGCAGCCUCCCACCCCUGCGGACACUCGACACCCUCACCGAGUCCGACAUCACCGCCGCCCUCCACUCCCUCUCGACAAUCUACUGCUCACUGCCCGUCUCCGUCGCCUUCCAGCUCAACCCGGAUCACAAAUUGCCUCACCAUGCCUCGCCCGCAGUCGACUCCGGUUACGUAUCCGAGACCGACGACGACCAUGAGGAGGUCGACGGCGUAGACCACCACAUCGCCGCCCUCCGCGUCGACGCCUUCGAACGCAGCUUCGUCGAGCGCUGGCUGACCGGCUUCAUCGCCCGCGCCGAGACCCUCUCCUGCUUUGAGUCCGAGGAAGCCUGCCAGCUCGCCCUGGACCAGGCCUCCUGCGUCCUUGAGUCCUUUUUCGCGCCCGCGGAGGACGAUGAAGCCGAGGAUGAGAAGGACCAGGACUACACGCGCGACUUUUCCUUUGAGCUUUCGCUUCCCGAGAAAGAGAACCGCGUACCCGUCACCGUGCGCCUCAACGACCGGCUUGCAGGCACGAACUCCGCCGACCCUGAUGACGUCGGCUUGCAAAGCUGGGGUGCAUCCAUCGUGCUCUCGGACUUGAUGUGCGCGGAUCCGGCUCGCUUCGGCCUCACUCAACCCAGCCUCCGCUCGUCGCCGCGCAUCAUCGAACUCGGCGCCGGCACGGGUCUCGUCAGCUUGGUGCUCGGGAACAUACUCCCUCACCUCGGCGCGCCAGAGUCAACCAUCGUCGCAACCGACUACCACCCAGCAGUGCUCGAGAAUCUCAAGGCCAAUGUCGCCAUCAACUCUCCUUCGGCGGUGGAGGCAAGCCUCAUCAAGACGACAACACUGGAUUGGUCUGCGCCUGACCUGCGCGCACCCCUCGACACCCCGGCGGAGAUCCUCAUUGCGACGGAUGUCAUCUAUGCUCCGGAGCACGCGACGUGGCUGAGGGAUUGCGCGACGCAGCUGCUCGCGCCGGGCGGGGUUUUCUGGCUGCUGGUGACUGUUCGCCGGAACGGUAAGUUCAACGGGGUCAGCGACACGGUGGAGGGCGCGUUUACGGCGAGUGACCGCCCGCGCGGUGAAGAUGGCAAGCAGCUGACCAUCUUGUACAACGAAAUCAUUGAGAAGCGCAAGGAGGUCGGACGCGGCGACGAGAGCGGCUACAAGCUUCUGAGGAUCGGAUGGGCUUAG